AUGAGCCAUGACCAUCAGUCAUUCAAAGUUGGACAUUCGAAUGUUGAGCCUGACCUAGCUCAGACUUCAUCACCUUCGACGCCUGUUUCCACAGAACUAGAUCCUAGGGAUUAUCCAUUAUCUGAUACGCCUACUCCCCCCGCUUUAAAGCGUUUCUGCUUUGACCUUAAUGGUCAGCCAACCUAUUUUCGGGAAAAUGAAGAUUCAGAAGAAGCAAUAGUUAAACUUCAAGAAGCUUUGUACAAUAUGCGAGCAUCUGGACCUACUUCAAAAUCAACAAUUUUGACAAUUCAAGCUCCCAAUUCAUUAACGUCAUCUGAUACAACUCAAACUAUUUCAAGUCCUUCAGAGAGAAAAAUUAGUGGGAUUGUUCCACGUAAAAGGCCUGCUUCACCUGUUGAAAUAUCAUCUGAUGCAAGUCUUUCUAAUAUUAGUCAACAACAACAGUUGAAUUCUCCUUCAUAUGGAUCGAAAUCUACAACCACAAAAGCUCAUAAAUCAUUAUCACCACCUCAUAAAAAAGUUCGAGCAAAAUUUUCUAAAGUGAUGCAAGAUGAAGAAAGCGAGCUGGACUCGGCUAUUAGAACAAAUACACAAUCGAGUAAUAAUCUUCCGGUUGAAUCUCCUACGCCGUCUUCAUCUUCCAUCACUCUACCAUCAAUUUCAUCAUCUUCCACUAGCACCAUUACUAGACAUUAUAAUAAUACAAUUAGUACUUCCAAUCUUGGAAUUGACACUCCUUCUACCACAAGAAGCACUCAUUCAUCAGCCUUACCCUCGCCAUCACUUUCUCCGAUUACCGGAGAUGAUUCUUCCAAUAGCACUAAUCAAUUUGAUAAUUUCUUAUAUGAACCUUCGAUUGGAAAUAGUGACGAUGCAAUGAUUGAAGACGGGACACCUAAUUCACUGCAUAUUACACAAAAUUGGACCCAGGAAGAAUCGCAAGGUGGAUCAAAUGGAACACACAUUCCAAGUCUAUUGGAUUUGCCCACAAUGUUAUCCACUUUUGAUGCGUUACCAUCUUCAAUGCAAUCAUACAUGCUAUUUCAUCUUUUAAGGCGUUGUCCUACAAAUACUCUUCAAUAUGUCAGCAAUAUAAUUUUACCUGCGUUAAGGAGAGAUUUUCUAGGCAUGCUUCCGUUUGAACUUAGUUUGCAGAUUGUUAGAUAUUUGGAUGCGCCAAGCAUGUGCAAGGCGGCGCAAGUAAGUAAGAGAUGGCGGACCGUAAUUGAUAGUGAUGGGUACACGUGGAGGCGUCGUCUUGAAGCAGAUGGAUUUGGUAUAGAUGAAGGAGAGGAAUCUCUUGCAAUAUUAGAAAAUUGGGGAACUUUACUACCUUCAAUGAAAUCUACAACUAGUAAUAAUAGGGACAACAAACUAAACUGCAAUAUCGCUGUUAAAGAAGAGAGUGGUGCUUCUUCUUCGGAAGAACGAACUGUAAUAGAGAACGACGAAGAUCCUGGAGAUAUGAGAAUUGAAGGGGCUAUAGAACAAGAAGAAAUUGUCGUAAAAAUUGAAAAUCCAUCCCAGAAUUCCAAAAAAUCUCGGAACAGUUAUGAUGAAAUGUCACUUGACAUCGAAGAGAAAGAAGAAAAUAAUUACACUCAAGACUCAUCGUCAUCGUAUUCCUUCACUCAAACGAAAAACCAAGCAGCAAACAGCAAUAAUUCAACACCUUACAGUAAUAUCAGACGUUAUGUAACACCUCAAAAAUCAGACAAAGGAAAAGGUCGAUCGGAACGGAGCAGUGAUCGACCGGAAAUGUCUGAAGAAGCUCUUCCUUUGCCACCUUCCGCCGAGCAUCCUUAUAAAGCUAUAUAUCGACGUCAUUAUCUCAUUCGGCAGAAUUGGAUUCAUGGUCGAUCCACUCAUAUUUCGUUCCCUGGACAUGGACCAAAUGUAGUGACUUGUCUUCAAUUCGAUUCCGAUAAGAUUAUCAGUGGAUCUGACGACCAAUGUAUCAAUGUCUAUGACACUAAAACUGGCACACUAAGAAAAAGAUUAGAAGGCCAUGAUGGUGGAGUUUGGGCUCUACAAUACGUUGAUAAUACUUUAGUUUCUGGAUCAACUGAUCGAACUGUCCGUGUCUGGGAUAUUGAAAGAGGUGUAUGCACACAUGUUUUCCCAGGACAUACAAGUACAGUUCGAUGCUUACAAAUCAUUCUGCCAAAGAAUGUAAACAUAAAUCCCAAUGAAUCACCAAUAGUGGAACCUCCAAUUCCGUUAAUUGUAACUGGAUCACGAGAUUCCACAUUAAGAGUUUGGCGUCUGCCGAAUUCAGCAACUGAUCCAAGCUUCACUCCAAAUAUUCCUUUAUCGCCGUCUGAUAAUGUAACUGAAAAUCCUUAUUUCGUACGUGCACUACAAGGUCAUACGCAUUCUGUACGUGCACUGGCAGGUGUUGGCAAUACUUUAAUAAGUGGUAGUUAUGAUUGCACAGUCAGAGUAUGGAACAUUAUGACAGGCGAAUGCUAUUGGCGUUUGCAUGGACACACACAAAAAGUUUAUUCUGUUGUAUUGGAUGCUAAACGAAAGAGAUGUAUGAGUGGAAGUAUGGAUGGCACGGUAAAGGUUUGGAGCCUGGAGGAUGGAACUUGCGUCUGGACUCUAGAAGGCCAUUCUUCCUUGGUUGGUCUUCUUGAUCUAUCACAUGAUUUCCUCGUUUCAGCAGCAGCAGAUUCUAGUCUUCGCAUAUGGAACCCAAAUGAUGGCACAUGUCGACACGUAUUAACUGCACACACAGGAGCCAUCACUUGUUUCCAACAUGAUGACCAGAAAGUAAUUUCUGGAUCAGAUGGCACUCUUAAAAUGUGGGAUGUGAAAACCGGUAAACCUAUUCGUGAUUUAUUGACAGGUUUAAGCGGCGUAUGGCAAGUCAGAUUUGAUGAACGAAGAUGUGUUGCUGCGGUUCAACGAAGCAACGUAACUUGGUUUGAAGUAUUAGAUUUCGGAGUAGAAGGAAUUGAAGGACGAGAUGAAAAUGACUUGGGCGAAAAUAAUGAUAAUGGUGAAGUUAGUGAAUAUCAAAGGACUAUACUGGGUCUAAAUGAUUCAUUUGACGAUGCAUGA